AUGUUUGGACAGUCAGGUUCACGGUUCAGACCCUUGCUGAACCAGAACUGGACCAUUGUCAGACCAAAACAGACCUGGUGUCCAUCACUAGGCACCAACAAUGCACCUGUCUACAACAUUAUACACAUUGAUUCGAUCUAUCGCAUGGCUCACCUUAUUCCCGUCUAUGGCAGACGAUUUCUUUAUCACAACAUUAACCUUCACAACUUAUAUGACAGUUUCCGUACAUUCUAUGUUAAUAAGUAUGCUGAUCAUCAUGCUUUCGAGCUUGCAUCAUAG